UCCAUGUGUUGCCAAACAAACAUCUGAAGCGCGUGGUUUUUCUCAUUUUCUCUCAGUUUUCCGCAUCAGCAAGUUGUGAAAAGUAGCUGAAAGUGUGCAAUGGGUCGCCCAGGUUUCACUCCCGGAGGCGGAAGAGGUGGCUUUAGGGGCGCUGGCGGGCGCGGUGGCGGCGGCAGAGGAGGCUUUGGAGGCGGUCGAGGCGGCGGUCGCGGAGGUUUCAAGCCGGAUGGCGGUCGCGGCGGCGGCCGUGGGGGCCGAGGCGGGGGUCGCGGAGGCGGCAGGGGCAGAGGUGGUGGCGGAGGAGGUUUCAGAGGUGGUGCUAAGUCAGUUGUGGUGGAGCCUCAUCGUCACGAGGGUGUGUUUAUUGCCAGAGGAAAGGAGGACGCUCUCGUGACGCGAAAUCUCGUGCCGGGAUCAGAGGUCUAUGGCGAGAAGAGGAUAUCUGUUGAUGAUAAAACCGAUAAGAUCGAGUACAGAGUGUGGAAUCCAUUCCGGUCAAAGCUUGCCGCCGCCAUUCUCGGUGGCGUCGACAAAAUCCACAUUGCGCCGGGAAACAAGGUGCUCUACUUGGGCGCAGCGUCGGGCACCACUGUGUCGCACGUGUCGGACAUCGUGGGGCCCGAGGGUUUGGUGUACGCCGUGGAGUUCUCCCAUCGCAGCGGACGCGACCUGAUAAACGUGGCCAAGAAGCGCACCAACAUCAUCCCCAUCAUCGAGGACGCCCGCCACCCGCACAAGUACCGCAUGCUGAUCGGCAUGGUGGACACGGUGUUCGCGGACGUGGCGCAGCCCGACCAGGCGCGAAUAGUGGCGCUGAAUGCGCAGCACUUCCUCAAGAACGGCGGCCACUUCGUCAUCUCCAUCAAGGCGUCCUGCAUUGACUCCACGGCCCAGCCGGAGGCUGUGUUCGCGGCGGAGGUGAAGAAGCUGCAGGCGGACAAGCUGAAGCCGCAGGAGCAGAUCACCCUGGAGCCAUACGAGAGGGAUCACGCGGUGGUUGUGGGCGUCUUCCGGCCACCGCCGAAAGCCUGA